CACAAAGUGAGAAUCCAUAUUCAGUUUGAUCUUAAAAGUAUAUCACAUUAAAAGAGUUCACUCAAAUUUGCCUCAUGUCCUUCCUCUCUUAUAUAUCUCCCCCGGGACCCCCUCCGUCCCGGGGGGAAUUUUCUAAUUCUUCCAUCCAUCGUCCUCGCAACCGUACUUUUCUACCCUUUCACCACGUUCAUAACCGUCUACAAGUCUACUACCCAAUACAUCCAACUCAAUACAAGUCCACUAUCAACUCAGUACAAGAUCUCGAUCUUCCAAAUACUGUCCGUUUCAAGAAAACUUUCCGUUUCUGGAGAUCUAAGUUCCAGUUCGUGUUCAAAGCAUCAAACCAAUAUCUACUUUCGAAAUCAUUCUACCCCUUGCAAAAGCAUAUACAUUUGCAAUCAUGAGGGUCUCCACUUUCGUCAAGUAUGCCUUUGCUUUCUUUGUGAUCGUCGCAAUCAUCAGCGCUUUCCCCACUGCUCCCAGCUCGGAUGGCUAUCAAGUCACCGAUGUGGUGAAUGACAUCAACAACAAUGUUUCCAAACUCCAACUUACCGUCCGAGACUUCACCGGCGGAAUCUUCACGGCAAUGAAAAUCUACGUCAGGACUGGCGCCCUCACCAAGACCAUCCAGGGUGCCGUCGACACGACUCAGGCAUGCGGCAACUUCACCAGCGACGAGUCUGGCAAUGUUGCCAUGGCGUUUUUGAACUUGCACCCCGAAGUCACCGAGAUGAUGGAUGUGCUCAUCAUCAAGAAGGAAGUGUUCAAGAGAGGCCUGUUGUUUGGCCUUUUUCCCUUGACGACGAUUGUCAGAGACAGACUUACCACCCAGCAGGGACUUGCUGCACAACUUGUGCAGGAGGUUGUGCAGAGGCUGGCAGCUGACUUUGCCAAUGUGGCUCCGUCUCUCAGGGAGACCAUCGCUAGGGAUUUCACCAGGGCCUUGGAGGCAUUUGCCUAAGCUGGCCAGGUGGAGGAUUGUAUGUUGGUACGAAUUUAAACAAAAACAGAUCUUUUGUGUGUUGGAUUUUGUUGUUUAAUUUUAUUUUGUUAACAGGGAGUUAGUAUGUAUUUCAGGUAAUGAUUGGAGGUUGAUAUGAAUAAUUGCAUCUGCUUUACGUGUUUGAUAUUUGUAUUUCUCUUUCUCUUUUUUCUCUUUCUUUUUCCCCCUCUUCUUGUUGAUUUAUAUUUGUGAACACAGAUUGAAAUAUAAAGAUGCACUAAGGUAAUGCUUGGAGGUUGAUAUGAAAAGUUGCAUCUGCUUUAAGUCUGUGAUAUUGUUGUUUUUGGUUAUAUUUGUGAGCAUGGAAGCAUAUAUGUAUGGAAAUGAUUUCAGGGAAUGAUGUUUUUUAAAUGGGGGAAAGUGUGCCUAGUUACUAUAACGGUGUUGCAGGUUGGUUGUCAUUGUUUUGAUUUGAUA